UUACCUCUAGGAUCAUUUGUGAGAACUAAAAGAGAGACCACUAGGAACUUGCUCAACACAGAGCUGCACAGUGCGCCGGCGCAGCGCUGGUCCAUGAAGUUGCCGGCCGAGGUGAGUGCGGCGGUGGGCGAGGCGGCAGUGCUGCCCUGCACCUUCACACACCCGCACCGCCACUACGACGGGCCGCUCACGGCCAUCUGGCGGGCGGGCGAGCCAUACACGGGCCCGCAGGUGUUCCGGUGCGCGGCGGCGCGGAGCAGCGAGCUCUGCCAGACGGCGCUUAGCCUGCACGGCCGCUUCCGGCUGCUCGGCAACCCGCGCCGCAACGACCUGUCGCUGCGCGUCGAGCGCCUAGCGCUGGCCGACGACCGCCGCUACUUCUGCCGCGUCGAGUUUGCCGGCGACGUCCACGAGCGCUACGAGAGCCGCCACGGCGUCCGGCUCCGCGUGACCGCCGCCCCACGGAUCGUCAACAUCUCGGUGCUGCCCGGCCCAGCGCACACCUUCCACGCGCUCUGCACGGCUGAAGGGGAGCCGCCGCCCACCCUCGCCUGGUCCGGCCCAGCGCUGGGCAACGGCUCGGCCUCCGUGCCGGGCCCAGGUCAAGAUCACGGCCAUCAGGUGACCGCCGAGCUGCCCGCGCUGGCCCACGACGGCCGCUACACGUGCGCGGCCUCCAACAGCCUGGGCCGCGCCGAAGCCAGUGUCUACUUGUUCCGUUUCCACGGUGCCUCCAGGGCCUCAGCAAUCGCCCUCCCGCUCGGCGCGCUUGGUCUCAAGGUGCUUCUGCUGCUCGGCGUUCUGGCCGCCCGCGCCGCAGCCCGCCGCCGCCUAGAGUACCCAGUCACCCAGGACGCCUCCCCGCGGCCCCAAGCUCAGGAGUCCAAUUAUGAAAAUUUGGGCCAGAUGAGUCCUCAGGGUCCACCAGCAGCCGUGUGUUCACCUUGAGGAGCCCAUUGGCCACUGGCAUCCCCUGGACACCAUGAGGAAUGAAAGCCAACAUGUGGCUUGGCUGGGAUGGCCCUUCCUGGCUCCCAGGCACCUUGGCAGCCCUAGCCUGGCAGCACCCUGAGGUCAGGACCCUACUCACAGAGGCUCAGAGGUCUCCUACGUGGACUUCUGUCUCCAAGCCCCAGAGAUAUUUCUGUCAACGGGGCAGCAUUUUACACGCAUGCGCACGUGUGUGUGUGUGUGUGUAUGUGUGUGUGUGUGCCUGCACUCGCACAUGAGCCCAGGUGACACUUCUGCAAACUCGUCUUGCCUUUGCUUACCUAGAACACUAUAGUAAAGCAGGCAGGACCCUGGUCAGAGGGGUCUCCAGGCCCAGGCUCCAUCCUCGUUCUGUCACCGACUUGCUGUGUGGACCAAGGCACUUUUUUCCAUUCUUUGGGUCUCUGUUCGUCCACUGUUGAACACCAACAGUAACAGUCUUCUCUGCUGGCUUCGGGCUGUCAAGGUCUGAGGAAGUAGUGGAUGUGAAGGGACUUGGGGCAGUACAAAGCUGUCUACAGGUGUGAGCAGUGUUACAGGCUCCUCCUUGCAGAGCGACCUUGGGACAUCUAAACUUGGACAAGCAUAGCACCCACACCGGCCUCGCUGGGAGUAAGGAUUCCGGAGGGCAAGUCUGGGUCUGGGCUGUGCCACCCUGUGGUUCCAGGAACAUCAAAUCAGCAACAAGGAGAAGCCCGGUAUCCCUGGCCCCUGGGGUCUCCUCUGUGACUGUCCCACACUCUGCCCUCCUCUUACCCCAUCGGCUCUCUGCACAGCCUUCAGCUGGGAACUCUGGGAAAAAGGAACAAAACACCCAUCAUCUCAAAGCAUGUGGAAUCCACUGUUCUUAAGGAACAAACUCUGGGAGGUGUGAGCGCAAGUCUGGGCCAAGGGUGUCCGUGGAUAAAGCAGCUGCAGCCCUGACCUCUCUACCACCUGCCUCUUCUCUGGAUGUGCACUGGCCAAAAGCACCGGCCAUUUCCCAUUUGCCCGAGGUUGCCAGGCUGACUGCAGGGUGCUGCCUUCCAUCCUCACACUUGAUUGGUUUAGCUCCUGCAGUCUUUGGGGGCAGGGAGAGGGGGAGGAGGCAUGCUUGGGACCCAGGCGAGCUGGCAAAAGGGCCACAGAGAUAUGGGCCUUCGAUGGGAACAGACUUUCUUCCCUCCACAACUUUUCCAGACGCUGCAGUGGUAAAUUGGAGUCACCUACAGUGAGCAUGGGGUCCUCUCUGAUGCUUUCCGGGGAGAGGCAUGAAGGCUGAAGGAUCUUCACAAGUUAAUAAGCAGGGUGGUGGGCUACAAGGCUCCUCACUGGAGCCUUCGCCAGAGCAAAGGGGUGAUGGCGGCUCACGGUUAACUUGGGAUCAUCCAGGAGGCUGUCUGAGUUGUUAAGAGGGCAGUGGAGUUGGCAUUUGUACCUCUUUGUGCAGGGAUACUUUGGGCACCUCCAUCAAGAGUCCUGUAUCGUCAGGGAAGGGCACGGGUGAUGUGUCUUAUACCAUCCGCUUGGUCUUUGAGGCCAGUUCCACAGCCAAGAAAAAGUGAUAGGAAUUACUUCUUAUGCAUCAUUUUGUGCUAGUAGUUGGCCACGUGUUUGGGGAUAUAGAAAUGAAUAAGGCUGGCCUAGGUCGUGCUGCAGUAACAAAGCCAAAUCACACUGGCCGAGAACAAUUAGGGUUUCUUCUCUCCAUAGCUGCAUGCCCGGCACAGAUCGGCAAAGAGCUGUGCGCACUGUACUUACUCAGGGACCCAGGCUCCCGGGGAUCCACCCUCUCUAAUGUGGAUUGCUGGGCUGGAGAUACAAAGAAAGCUCUAGAGGGUCUUCCACUUGGGAUCAUAGUUCACUGGCCAGAACUAGCCACAUGCCCCACUCUCCUGGAGGGGCUGGGCAGCGUGACCCUUCACUGCACCUGGAAGAAGGGAAGCCGGAGCAUUUGGGAACAGCCCUGACAGCUCCACAGGAGGACUCUCCAGGGGUUCUCAUGCUCGUGAGCAACACAGACUAGUAAGUGGGAAAUCACGUGAGGGCACCAGUCUGCUGGGGGUGCUGUGGAGCACAUACAAAGGGGUGAGUGACCCAGUCUUCGGAAGGCUUCCUGGAGGAGGGGACGUGGAGAUGGUACACACUGGCCACACAAAUGGGGGAGAAUGGAGGUUGAGCGGUAAGAAAAAAAGUCAUUCUAAGCAGAAGGGUCGUUCUGAGCAAAGGCCAGGAGGUGGGACACAGGGUGCUGUCUAAGCAGUUGAAAGUUGCUGGAGCACCAGGGUAGAGACAGGUGUGGCUGGAGCCGAGGCCACAGCAUGGAGGCUCCUGGGUGUGGAGGGCUCGGCCCCAGCAGGGAUGAGCAGCUGGAGGGAGUCAGGGCGCCCUGCACUGCCUGCACGGCUGCUUUCACUGUCUGACCACUGCUCUGCUCCAGACCCACAACACCUUGGGGCUGGGGUUUCCACCUUCCGACCCUGGGCUCUCAGAGCAGCAUUUCCCAGGUGAGUUCCAAGGAUCACCUGUAUCAGGAACACCUGGGACGCUUGCUCAACUCCCCAUCCUCAGCACCACCUGGACCACCUGGACCACAGGCUCUGAGGGCAGGGUCUUUAGACAAAUUAUCCAGGGGAUUUUGUCCCUAACUUUGUAUUAUGAUCAUUUUUCAAAUACACACACACACAGCUGAAAAAGCAAGACGAUCACCCAGGUACCCACCACCUACAUUCAACACUUACUAACAUUCUGCCCUAUUAGCUUAAUGCACAAGUGUGUGUAUAUGUUUAUGUGUGUGUGUGUUUGGCUGAACCACUGAGAGUAAACUGCAGACAUCACAGUAAAUGUCUUAAAUGUCU